AUGGGACGUCGGGUCCGAAGAAAACCUGGGGCCAGAUAUUGGGUGGCAGUCUUGACAGAGCCUUCGGCCAUCGUCAAUCCGAGGCAAUACCAGCAGCUGGAUGUUGCCGCCACGCCGACGCGCCACGCCGCCCUCCUCGUCCUUCUUCGUCGCGACCCGGGUAAACGGAUGCGGGACAACACGCAGGCCACGGCCGGAUGGGCGUCGUCGACGGGUGCGGAGCGCGAGCGAGGACUGGGCUGA